CCCCCACCCUCAACCUCCUCCGCCGCCGCCUCCCGCGGAGCCGUUACCUGCGGCGGGGCCGCGCCGCCCGCACCCAUGCGGAGGCGACGCGACCGCACCGAGCCCAGCGCAGCAAUGCUGAGUGACAGUAACUCUGUGAAGCCAAAAAGUGAUUGUUCACCUCCUGUGCAAUGGUGUAAGGUGACUGCAUGUGAAGAUGUUAAGACCAAGCUGGUUUUUAAAAGGUAUUCUCAAGCGUCUUGCACUGGUCGUACUAGGAGGGUCCUUCCUUUAUCUCCUCGUGAUAUGUUUUGGACCUCAAGAAUGUCACAGAACAAAAAUGUCAUAUGUGGACCUCGAUCGCGUAAGGAGAGCACAACAGUUUGCCAGCGCUGUGUUGCAGGAGCAGUGCCGGCCUUCUUAUGUGAAGAAAGAGAUGAGGAAGUUAUUUGCGGAGAAAUAUAACGUGGACAUAUCUCCCUUCGUAAGGAAAAAUAUAAAUGAAGAUAGUUUAUUUAAAUAUGAACCUCCUUUUGGAUUUCACAAGUCCUUUGACAAGCUUAAAAAUCUACUUGAACUCUUACCUGAGCACGAUUUGCCAGAAGAUUUGAAGUCAAAACAGUGUAAGCGUUGUGUUGUUGUUGGCAGUGGUGGAAUCCUUCAUGGGUCAGAGCUGGGUCACUUACUGGAUCAGUUUGAUAUUGUUAUAAGGUUAAAUGAUGCACCAGUUCAAGGAUACACAGAUCAUGUUGGUAACAAAACUACCAUACGGAUGACUUACCCAGAAGGAGCCCCCGUUUCUGAACACGAGUACCCUCCUGAUAGCUUGUUUGUGGCUGUUUUGUUUAAAAGCGUUGAUUUCAAUUGGCUUCAAGCAAUGGUGAAAAAUGAAACCUUGCCUCUGUUCGUGCGACUCUUCUUUUGGAAGAAGGUUGCUAAGAAAAUUCCUCUUAUGUCAAAGCAGUUUCGGAUUCUGAAUCCAGUCAUCAUCAAAGAGACAGCUUUGGACAUUUUACAGUUCCCUGAACCUAGAUCAAAAUUCUGGGGAUGGGAUAAGAAUGUACCUACGAUUGGGGUCACAGCAGUUGUUCUGGCCACACAUUUAUGUGAUGAAGUGAGCUUGGCAGGAUUUGGAUAUGACCUCAAUCAGCCCAACGCACCUUUGCACUAUUACAACAACCUCUGCAUGGCUGCCAUGAAUGGACAACCUAUGCACAACGUGACAGGUGAAACAAAAUUCCUACAAAAACUGAUCAAAGAAAAAGUUGUCAAAGACCUCACUGGUGGGAUACAUUGUGAAUUCUGUGGCAAAGACAGCUAGUGAUUGAAGUGCGGCACGGUUUGAUAAAUUUCCAGACGUUCAGCUGGAACAACCUUUUCACUGUCUUAAGUUUUCUUUAAAGUGCGUAUCGAAUGGAUGUGGAAUCUCCGUUGCCUUUUUUAAUAUCACAUUCAAUUUGUUGGACUUUUACAUUUAUUUUGAUGUCAGAUUUUACUUUGCACAAUCUUGUGGAUAACUAUGUAAAUACAAUUUGGAAUUGAAAGAGACCCAAUUUAAAUAUUUAAUAUUUUAUGUUGUCUGAAGAAAAGCAGAGGUUUUGUUUUCAGAUGUAUAUGGUACGCACAAUGCUAGCCCGAGCUGUCUAACAGCAUACAAGAGUGUUAUUUACCACUGAACUACGGUCUUAGUUGAUCCAGUUUUUGGUGUAUGACUCCUUUUCGUGCAUGCCAUGAAAAGAAAGGCGUGUGCUUCUGAAAUCUUUCAUUUCUUUUAGCUUGAAUGCUGUGUUUCCCCCUCAAAUAUUUAUAUUCUUUUGGUUUUGUGGUAAUGUUUUUUGGGGUUGGAAGAGGAAUGUGGGAGUGGAGGUGAAGGAAAAAGAACUGUUGUGGCAACAACUGAAUAGCAAGUACUUGGGUAUUCAUGAUUGAUAUUAAAAUCACUGAUGCAUUCAUUAAUGUAUUUGAUUAGAAUCCUGCUUUAUCAUGAGGCAUGUUUGGACCCAGGGCACGCUAUAGGAGGAUUUAACCAGUAGGAGACUUUCACCUGAAUGAGAUUUUUUUGUCAUUUCCAGUCCUUAAGACCCAGAUAAAUGUUUCGAACUAGUUGAUCUGCAGCAGAGCUCAGCUACUGCAAUUAAAGAAGUGGCAAAAUCUGCUUGUUCCCUCCCCCCCCCUUUUUUUUUUCAGUGACUUGAGAAUUUCUUGUUCUAUAAAACACUGGUUUAUAUAAAGCUUCCAUUUAGCAAUAAUAGAAUUGAUGACUAAGUUAAAAUUUCCAUUGGUUUACUUUAUGGUCUUUACAUAAUGAAUUAGAGAUACCGUAACCUUAAUAGUUUACAGUGAUAAUAACCCAUAUGAACUCUAGCGUUGGCUAUUUAAUUGAAGGGAGAGGUAGAGUUGUUGUUUUUAAAGUUAGCAAUUAGGUGAGUGUGUGUAAGUUGUGGUGUGAUCUAGUAGCAAGCUGAAAGCAGCAUACUUAACUAUAACAGCAACUAUAGAUAAAUGUUCAUGUGACUGGAAAUAAGUGCAUUGCAAAGAAACUGGACUCUGUGAAUCUGCAGGCAGGUUUUGGUGUUCAAUUUGUUACUAGUAGAGUAGCAGGUAUGACUGUGUUUGCACUGAGUAGUGUUAUUACUCAAAGCUACAAUAUGUGAACAAUGCUUUCAUUGGGAAUGAAAACUCAUGAGAAAAUGGAUCAAAGAUUGACCUAGAAACAUUGUUCAUAAUCAUGGACACUUCACAUGGUGAACACUCCCACUUUUUUGUUGUUGUUACGGGAAAAGAUAUGAAUGUAGUUUUUAAGUUUUCAAAAUACUAAUGUGGGAAAGCAAGAGUAGGGUGGCUGGGGUUUUUAUUUUUUAUUUUCAUUUUUUUUCCAUGAAGAGAUGAUUUCAUGAAUGAUAAUGUUAGAAUGCAGUAGAGCAGACUGAUUCUGGCCUUUAUACUAAAAGGCAAUAAAAUGACACCAGAUCAUUGGACCUCAUCUUUCAUAAGUCCCAUGUACCUUUAUGUCCUUGAAAGCCAGUUGUGGAUGGUGAGCAAAGUUCAAGAGCAGAUCUUUAUCUCUGGGACUGUUUGUGUUUAUAGCAAUAAUAUUAAUUGAACUUCUCCUCUGUGAAACUUGCUCAUUUUUGUACUAGCAAUACAUUUCUAGUCUGUGUUUUUCUUGUAAGUAUAAUAAUUAUAUUGUUUAAUUUAAAAAUAUUUCAUGUGUGAAGAGAUUUAUACAGAUAGUCUUUUAGUUAAUAUAUUAAAAUGCACUAAUUAUUUUCUCCUGCUAUUUAAACUGGAAGCGAAGUACCUUAAUUUCAUUUGUCAUUAGCGAAACCUUGGAAGAGUUUGGAACGUGUGUGUUUGGGAGGACAUUCUGCAUACACCAGAAGUAUGUGUUUCAGAGCACUUGGUCCCUCACCACUUUGCUUUAUUCAGUAUCUUUAAAAUAAUCAGUUGAUCAAUGUAAACGCCAAUAGCUUUUUGGAGAUGCUGUAUUUACUGUCAAAUGCUGGAAUUAUGUUGAUGUAGCAUUAGAUUGUUUUCCCACCAGUUUUAUGGCUUGUGAUGAAACGUCGUUCUCUGUGGUAGCGUAAUGCUGCGUUGAACACUCCUGCACAGACUUGACCAUCUGUGAAAUGGCAGCAAAGUUCGGGUUGCAAAAAGCAAUAAACUGAUGAAACCACUUUCUAUUUA